AAAAAAGAAUAUCGAAAAAGUAAAUAAUAAAUAUUUCUUUUAAUACUUACUAAAUAAUUAAAUAACUACUACUACUAACUAACUAAUUAACUAAAUAUCUAUCUAAUGGAAAAUAAACAUAAUUUUAACUCUAAUAACUUAUAAGUAUAGUAAAGACCAUAAGAUAAUUAAACUAUUUACUUCAAUUCAACUAAUACACAAAAUACUAAUUUUACUAUUUAAUCAAGUUAAAAUAGAGUUUUAUAAUAUCCUAAUCAAAGUUUUUCAAAUAAUCUUAAUGCACGAAUAUAAUAAAGAGAAACACCUUUUAAUUUAACUGAUAACGAAUCUGAAUAAAGUGAAGUUCUCAGCGAUUUUUUAUCUGAAUUAUUUGAUAAUUUAGUAGAAAGUGAUGAUUCUUUUGAAUAACUUAGUGAUAUUUUUAGUAGUGAUGAUGACUCCUAAAUGCAAGUAGAAACCUAAGAAAUGUUUAUUUAAAAUGAAGUAUCUGAACAAUAACAACGAUAGAUAAAUUAAUUUUUAAAUUAUGACGAGCAAAUGUCAAUUAGCAGUAUUGACGAAUAAGAUUAAUACAGGUUUAUUAGUUAUAAAGAAUUCAAAUUGAGACAUUAAAAUAUUAUACAUGAGGAUGCAAAUUAAUGUAUCGAAGAUAGUUGGGAUUUAAAUCAAGAUGAUUUUUUAGAAUAAUCUGAUAAUUAAGAUGAUUUUUUAGAAUAAUCUGAUACUUCAUCAGAUUUUUGA